AUUCACUGUUUGUCUCGAAUCGGUAAUUGAAAUUCACUGUCGUUAAUUGAAUUGUGGAUCACAAAUCGGUGAUCCCCUCGGCGAUUUGAAAUCGAUAGUGCAGUGAGGUGCGUUGGAAUAUCUCCAUGUGGAGUUUGUUAUUGGGAAUAAUAAAUAAUAGGAUGAGGGGAGCUCUUGGUGUGACUUUCUGCCUCCUGUCCCUUGUCUCCGCAGUUCUCGGUGGUUGCAGAAAGGAACCCCUUUCAGAAUUUCAAUUUCACCUCUCUGGGACUAAACUGGAGUGGCCAUGCUCCAGCACCAAGAGCAUCUACUCCAGCACUGGACGAUACAUUGCCAGAAAUGUCAUUGUCACCAGGAUGCAGAUCUAUAAGGAUGAGGCUAUCGUAGCAAUGCCAAGACUUAAACCUGGUACUCCAUUUACUCUUGGUGUUGUUCCUCUGCGCAAGAAGGCUGGUGGUAGUUCCGUAUCACCUUUCCCAUGUUGGUCCAUCCAGGAAGAGGGUAACUGCGCUGCUCUUCAGAGUGUUGUUGACAUUUUCCUCGAUGCCCAAGAUAUCCUCUGGGCCCUUGACACCGGAAUCGUCAACACCCUCACACAACCCGUCAGGAGGUGUCAACCCAAAGUUGUUGCUUUCAGUGUUAAAACCGGAAAGGUCGUCAAAAUAGUGGAGCUCUCUGAACUGGUGGAUGAAUCCUCUCGCCUCCAGCAGAUCAUCGUGGACUAUGCCCCUGACGGCAGAGUAUUCCUGUACAUUUCGGACGCAUCCAAUCGCAGCAUCAUCGUCUACGAGGCAAUCUCUGAUACUGGCCUCACAGUGACUCUACCGAAGGCUGUCAGCCUGGGGUCCAACCACCGGGAUGUCCUCUACAUGGCUCUUGCUAGAAAGUACGAUGGCACUACAGUCCUUUACUUCACGUACCUCGGCUCCAGCCGAGUCUUCAGCAUCAAGGCUGAUUACUUGAGGAAAGGCAAUACCGAUGGGUACAUCGUCGAUGUUGGUCCCAAAAUCGGUAAAAUCGUAUUCCUGGGCACCGACAACGGCUCCAACAUCUUCUUCCGGAGGAAAGGAGACUCAGACAUAUACAUGUGGAACACCGACACCAGCAUGAAACUGGAGAACUUCAUUCUCGUGCAGAAGGGCAACGAUUGUCGACUUUCGACCCACGUCGUGCCAGGGUACAAAAAACUCAUGUGGACUCUCGACAGCAACAUCCAGGAUUACAUCCAGAAUACUGUGCCUUGCAGUGGUGCCUCUAUAAACAUCCACCCGAUCGUCAACCAAGACGAUUAAACAAUUACUUUGAAUCCCUAAAAAAAGCCCAACGAUUUCUCUCGAACUGACGGAAGCUAUUCAUCAGAGUUGAUCUCAGGUUUUUAUUCGAUCAUUUUAUCGAGUGAUACGAAGAUUACGAGGAGUAUUUGUUUCAAUGAUUUCCAUGAUUGAACUUCCGUUGCUCUAGUCACGAGGGAUAAUUGUUGUUUGAUAAUUAAUGAGAGCAGAAGGCUCGCUAAUGGACAAAGCCAACCAGUGUAAUUAGAUCGCUUCAAGCUAAUUGACGUUUUUAGCCGCGUGUUGGCCAGAAGAAUCAAUAAAAUUAUCGACUCAAUCGUGAA